AUGGCCGACGCAGAGCCCUCAUACAUCGACUACGAGGCCUUCCUGGACCCCUCCUUUUCGGCCACUUCCUUUGCCAAUACCUUGGUGCUCUCGACGAACAACCCCUCGGAUACGCCCUUGGAUCUCUCGACCCCUCUGUCUCGUGUGCUCUUCGAUGUCCAGGAGAUCGAUACCCAUAUUGAUACUUUGACGACAAAGUCAGCCCUGCCUUUACUGGAGCACACCAAGGACCAGGCAGAGUCCAGUGGGCGGAUAUUGAAGGAGGUUGAAGGCCAGGUCGCCAGUCUCACCGAGUCGUAUAAAACAUUGGAGAGGGAAGUCAUUGAGCGAUAUGAGGUGGCGGAGCAGGUCCGGCUCACGGCGGAACGACUAUGUCAAACGGUCAAGAUCGGAAGGGCAGUGGCGCGCUGUCUGAUGCUUGGACGGCAGCUGGAAGUACAGAUGGCAGAGUUGGGUACCUCAGGCGCGGGUGCGACAAAACGGGAAGAUCACAGGGCUAUGGUUCGGUCAUCGAAUACGCUCCUUUCGCUGCGCCAGAUCUUUCUAGCGUCGAGACCCGGAGAAGAGGGCGAGGAUUUGGACAGGAUCAAUGUGAUUACGACGCUGAAGAAUGAGCUGGCUGUGCCGUCCGAACGCACAAUCACGUCACGGGCCCAGCAAGUGGUCAGAGAGUUCUCAAUGUCUUCAUUGCUAGCUUCAAAUUCCUCGUCCGGCCAAUCGUCGUCUGCGUCGACCUAUGCCCAGACGGAAGACACCAAGUCUCGCACCACGUCAGCGCUGUUGGCGCUUUAUCUCCUGUCUCCAACGUCAGCAAACAUAUCCGUGGACCAGUUUCAGCCCUCUCUUCUCAUAAACGCGUUGCAAGAUUACUUGCAAACAGCUCUCAAGUCAUCUCACGCGGCGCUUUCCCGUGCUCUUGCGACGCUGCCUUCGCUGGAUCGAGCUCUGCUAGAAAUAUCAGCUCGUUGUCAGAACAUCGUAGCGUUAGAGGCUCUUCUCGAGUCUACUAAACAACCAGCACAUCCGCUUUUGGAGCCAUCAACACCAGUAGAGGAGGAGAAGCAAUCCGCAGAUUUUCUACACCCGUUACUGCUGAGUCUUGAUACUUCGUCACUCCCGUCAUACUUUUGGCGCUCAUUGGCUUCCAACUUGUCUCCACGAGUACAGGAAAUCCUGAAUCGUGGGGGGGUCUCGGCAAGGACAUUGCGGUCCAACAAAGACCGCGUGAGAGAUGCAGUGCGGGAGUGCGUCAAUCGAGGCUCGCAGCUACCAACUGGUCCGCUGAGUAGAGGUAAAACGGGCUUGGCAGGCAACUGGGAGCGUGAAGCUGCGGUCAUGGUCGGGUCAAUAGUCGGGGUUAUGGGCCGAUGA